AUGUCUACCAGCGUCACCCUCACCUUUGGCAAGGAGGACAUCCUCAACACCAUACUCACCUUUCCCGACGGCACCAUCGCUUUUUCCACGACCACCAAGGAGAGCUUCUGGAAAGGCAGGGACACCACCGUCAUGCAAGGGCAGAAUUACUUCGCUAAGACGCACGCGUCUAUUGACUGGCGAGACAAGUACUUCGACAUCAAUGGCCAGGUCCUCCCCUUCGACCGCAUCAAGCACACGAAGACGUUGAGCAGCAAGCGCUGGUGGACCUGGGGCGGCUUCACGGUAGAGAUGCAGCAUCACCACGGCGAAUGGACGGCCUCCGUCCCCUCCGGCGCCGUCAUCGCCCGCUACCGCUCCUACAAGGGCCACCUCUUCCACGACAACGAGCACGCGCAGCUCACCGUCGACUUCGACCUCGCCUCCCCCGAGGCGACGUUCCUGAUCCUGUGCUUCCUGUACACGGAGACGCGGCGGUUAGAGGAUGAGCAGGCCGCCCGCAACGCAUCGCACGCCGCGCACGCCGCGAACUGA